GGCCCUCCACAAAAGAAAGUAAUUUAUAUAUCCGAGAAAGAGCUUGCCAGUCUUCCAGAUGGCGCCUCCGUGUAUGUACUUUCCUCAUCAAAUGACUCAGCAAAGGCCCAGGAACCUCUGUUACCGACACCUUCCAGUACCUCAUUUUCCAACAGUGAUCCUUCCAUUUCAACAUGGACUUCGUCUUCACUUCCCUCAGGUUAUCAAUAUCAGCCCUUAACUCCACUUAUUCCUCCACCACCUCUGUCUUUCUCGACGGUUCCGCCGUUUCCUCCUGACUUCUAUCUUCCAUCUCUGCGCUUUCAAUACCCACCACCCCCUCCACCAAGUGCUCCAUACUUCGCGCCUCCUUUAUCACCUCGACCACUGCCACCGCCGUCAGCACCUUUGAAUUCCUUAGCUGUGAAUUCCAAUGGUUCCUCUUUACCGAGGCAGGCAAGGGCUUCGUGUUUCCGAAACGACGACAGCUCCUGGCGUGGAGAAUUCGUUUUUCUGAGUGUAAGGUGCACGCCCGCCAGUGAAUUCUUUGAGACAAGAGGCAAAUGCAAGUUUGCUACUCAGCUUAUGGUUGAAUUAGAAAACGAUUUCGAAAAUUUCGUUCUAAAACGACGAGAGAAGGCUUUGAUUGGUUUUCCACCCGUGGAUGUGGUGCGUCCCCCCCUGAAAAGGUUGGCUAGCCUCGACAUCGAUAACGACAAUCGUUUUCCCGUAUUGUCGAAGAACGUUCGCAAACGUUUAAAUGCUAAAAAGUCGGGUAACUCUUUAGAUUCCUUCACGGAGGCUGAUAAUGCAACACCUGACCAUCUUUUAAAUGCGAUAUCGAGCAAUGUGACCUCAACUCAGCAAUCGGUUGUCCAGUCUCACGCCCUUGAUUAUAAGUUGGGACAACAAAAGGUCGAGGUUUCACACAAACUGGCCCAUCCUCAUCGGUUGCAUCCUAGCAUUUGGCAUAAUGAACCUGGAGAGCACAACAGUGGGCCGGCAUGUUCUUGCAAGCCGAAAUACCGAAUUGGUCCACUGCAUAAUCAGUUUGAAGGCGAAACAGAAGUACCCAGUUGCCGGCCGGAAUCAAAUAACAGAGACUGCUUGUAUCACUAUCGUGUGAUGGUUACUCCAACUACUAACUUUUUCAACCACAAACCUACGAUCAUCCCAUUCAACGGCAACGAUUAUGUUUUUGAUGGCUAUUCUAUUUUUCUACACUCGCCCAUUGAUGACCUGCCUCCAUGUCAACUUCUACGUUUCAAUUUGCUCUACGAGUUCGUUCAUGUAACCGAGGAGUUCCCUGACAACUUCACCGUGCGUGCGUUGGAUAUGCUCACAGAGUAUGUAUUCAAGGAGUUGCUGGAGUUGUUGGAUCUGAACUGGCGACCCCAUGGUAUUGACACAGGGUGUCCAGUGGUGCAUCUCUUGCCAAGAUUCGUUCGACGACUGGGGAACACGGGAGAGCUGCUCUCUGCUAACGUCAUUCUAGAUUAUUGGAUGCGUCAGACCCAACUACCUCUGAUAGAGGCCGUCGACUUACCGAUAAUUAGGCGCAUGCCAAAUUCUGAGUGGUCCGCGCACAUUGACGACCUCAGGGGCACACUUGCAUGGAAGCCAGGAGCUAAACCUCCGGCGAUUCGGAUCGAUCAACUUGAUCGCCUAUCGUCAUAUUCUUCGGCUCCCUCAUCCUCAGUUCUCUCCUCCGGCACUCCCACACUGUCUAAUUUUCCUAUGCUCGUACAUAUGACGUUUACUCCGAUGAAGCUAAGCCUUUCUCGUGAUCCACAGUACAAAUCCGUUCUCAAAAAUUACCUGAAAUUGCUAUAUCUUAUGGUAAAUAAACCUCGCAUAUCGGCUGAAGAUCGGAAUCAAUUAGCUGGAUUGACCAGCAAGCUCGAUUCCAUGGACCAUUCUGGAGUACAUCGACGUGAGAUAACAGUGGAAUUGAGUUGCGAAGGCUUCUACAGAACUGGGAUACGACCUGAUGUGGCGCAAUUCGCUCUCAACAUGGCCUCUUUUGUGACUCAUGUCAGAUGUAUCAUGUCACUCAAGUCGCUGGAGGCGCGCCUGAAUUAUCGAUUCAAGGAUAAAUCUAUCCUUCACCAAGCACUAACUCAUCCGUCGUACCGCAGAACCGAUUUUGGAACCAAUCAAGAUCAUUUCCAAAAUACCUUGACUAGCUGUGGCCCUCGCACGAUUGAGUAUGGGGACAAGUUGCAGUUAUACAAGAAAUGGCGCAAAAAGGGUCUCUCAAAAAUGAUCCAAGUGAUGUCAUUCAUGCCGAAACAACAUGAAGAGCGGUCAAAAAUUUAUGGAAACGAGCGCUUGGAGUUCUUAGGUGACGCUGCUAUCGAAAUCAUCGCUAGGCAAGUAAACUUGUCAGAAAACAUCCACCUUUUUUUUAUGUUUCCCGACCUGCCCGAAGGCAACUUGGAUGCGUAUCGUCAGGCCCUGGUACAAAAUCAACAUCUGGCUGAUCUUGCACUGCGUCUUGGACUACAUAAGCAUCUCUUGUACACUCACAGUGUGGACUUUUGUCACGACUCGACCUAUAUUUACGCCCGUUCGGACGCCUUUGAGGCUGUAAUGGCGGCUCUUGCUCUUGAUGGCGGCUUGGAGGUUGUCGACCGUAUAUUUGGCGCUGUUCUCUUUGGCGAUUGUGAACGUAUCCAUCGGGUUUGGGUUCGGAUCCCGCCACAUCCUUUGCAAGUAGGGCACCCUGAUGGUGAUAGAGAAUGGGUCCUUAAGGUGCCUAUGUUUAAGAAAUUAGUUGAUCUGGAAGAACGAUUGGGCAUCCGGUUUAAGCAUUUACGUGUCCUCGCUCGUGCUCUGACCGUUCGUAAAACCGGAUUUAAUAUCUACACCCUAGGGGACAACCAACGCCUUGAAUUCCUCGGUGAUUCUUUGCUAAAGUAUGUCACCACUGACUACCUGUAUCGCCACUUUCCGCGACAUCAUGAGGGUCACCUGUCGUUGCUCAAGAACUCUCUGGUGAAUAAAUAUACCCAAGCGACGGUUUGCGGCGAACUCGGUCUGGAUCAGUUCAUCAUUCGUAGAGAGGAAAAUUCUCUCACUAUUUCGAGCAUUCCAGAAGAGACAUCAGCUUCUGCUGCACGCAGACAACAGAAUGUGAAGAAUAAGGCUGACCUACUUGAGGCUUUUAUUGGUGCUUUGUACGUGGAUAAGGACAUAACCUGGGUCGAGCGCUUCUGCCAAGUCUGUUUUUGGCCUCGUCUUGUGGAGUUUAUUCUCAAACAGGAAUGGAAUGAUCCAAAGUCCAAAUUGCAGCAGUGUUGCCUUACCUUCCGAUCGCUUAAUGAGGAUCCUGAAUUGGCCCACUACAAGGUUUUGGAGUGUGCCGGACCAUCAAAUGAUCGCAAACACACAGUGGGCGUUUAUUUCAGGAAAGAUCUCCUCGCUGUAGGCGUUGGACGAUCUGUUCAGAGUGCUGAGAUGGAUGCUGCUAAAAAUGCCUUGGAAGUUCAUCAAGACUCCUUCAAACAGUUGGAUUUUCAACGCGCUGUCAUAAACAAGCGAUACCGGCAACCGUACAUUACCAAGAUGUUGAAAAAACUCAAAAGUUGGGAUGCGUCGUUAGUCGAUAAAUUCGUCGGUGAUGUACCUGAGGAUGGUCGAGAGGGCUCGGAUACAGCA